AUGUUCAAACAAUCGCUGUCGCGUCUACCCAGGUCCACACUGAGCCAGACCAACUUAUGUAGCCGACGAUCUCUCCAAACCAAACAGAACUCCCUACCAGCAGCAUACUACCGCGGCGGCACCUCUCGAGCCGUCUUCUUCAAUGAAAACGACCUACCCAAAGACAGAAAAGACUGGGCAUCCAUUUUCCGCAAUGUUAUUGGCAGUCCAGACCCUUAUGGCCGACAACUCGACGGUAUGGGAGGCGGGCUAUCCAGCCUAUCCAAGGUCUGCAUAGUAGGCCCAUCAACACACAAGGAUGCCGAUGUCGACUACACCUUUGUCUCACUCGGAAUCAAGAACACAGAUGUCGACUACUCCAGCAACUGUGGGAACAUGAGUUCUGCCGUGGGCCCCUUCGCCUUCGAUACAAAGCUAUUCUCAGCAGACGGAACUGACUCCGCAUCUGUUCGCAUUCACAAUACCAACACUGGCAAAAUCAUUCAUGCCUCUUUCCCUGUUAUUGAUGGCGAAGCUGCUUCUAGUGGUGACUUCGCUAUCGAUGGUGUUGCUGGCACUGCCGCCCGCGUUCAAUUGGACUUUAUCAACCCUGCCGGCUCGGUUACCGGGAAACUAUUGCCUACUGGUGAAGUGACGGAUACCUUCGAUGGAGUCAAAGCCACUUGUAUCGAUGUCGGGAAUCCGUGCGUCUUUGUUCGGGCUUCUGAUCUUGGCAUCGAAGGAAACUUGACACCUGAUGAAAUCACCGCUCAUCCUGAUCUGCUGUCUCGGCUGAAUUCUAUUCGUCGUCAGGCCGGUGUUAAGAUGGGUAUUGCGGAUGAGCUGGAGAAGGUGCCCGGGAGUGUGCCUAAGAUCUGUGUGGUGGCUGCGCCUUCGAGUGAUGCGCGAAAUGUUGAGCAGAAGCAGACGCCUGAUAAUGUUGAUCUUCUUGCUCGUGCGCUUUCUGUGGGACAGCCGCAUAAGGCUGUUCCCAUUACUGUUGCUUUGGCACUUGCUGCUGCUGCUCGUGUGUCCGGUAGUAUAGUUUCGGGCGUUGUGAGCAAGGAUCAAGUUGAUAGUGCUGGAAUUACAAUUGGGCAUGCUAGUGGGAAUCUCAUGGUCGGCGCUAAUUUCGAAGCUGAUGGGGCUUUGGCUUCUGCUACUGUCUUCCGGACUGCGCGUCGUCUGUUUGAGGGGCGCAUUUUCUGGAAGAACGAUGAAUGA